UUGUCCGUUCUCUUGGGCAUGCCCACCCUAUAGAACUUACCGGAGUAUCUGAAAAUCGGAUCCUCGCAAAAAAAUUGCGUUUGAAUUUAGCGAAUAGAAGUAUCUGGGAAACGGAGAGAAGAAUAGUCAGAAGCGAAUGGGAGCUUUGGAGAUCUGGAACGCCAUGGAAGUAGCACGGGGAGCUCGAGUCUCCGACAUUCUGUCUUCGUCUCUCACCAUCGAUCCCUCUCUCUCGCUCCCUGAAAUGACGCCUCGCAUCAUAGAGUUGUGCAAGGAUCUGUUCAAGAAAUGGUCGAAAUUGGAGGAUUCUCGCUUUUCUGUAGAGACUGUUUCUGGUGGCAUAACAAAUCUAUUGCUGAAGGUUUCUGUUGAGGAAGAAAAAGGAAACUUGGAGCCGGUGACAGUUAGAUUAUAUGGGCCUAAUACUGAGUACGUUAUCAAUCGCGAACGGGAAUUGCAGGCCAUCAAAUACCUAUCGGCUGCAGGAUUUGGAGCCAAGUUGCUUGGAGUUUUUGGAAAUGGAAUGCUGCAAUCUUUUAUCAAUGCUCGUACACUAAUUUCAUCAGACAUGAGAAAGCCAAAGCUAGCUGCUGAGAUCGCCAAGCAACUACACAAGUUCCAUGAAGUGGAAAUUCCGGGUUCUAAAGAAUCUCAACUAUGGAACGACAUCUCCAAGUUCUUUGACAAAGCAUCUGUUCUUGAAUUUGAUGAUGAUGAGAAGCAGAGGAUGUAUAAAACGAUUUCAUUUAAGGAAGUUCAUGAUGAAAUUUUUGAGCUCAAGGAAUUGACAGGCCUUCUUAAUGCUCCAGUUGUUUUUGCUCACAACGACUUGCUUUCGGGAAAUCUGAUGUUUAAUGAUGAAGAAGAGAAACUCUACUUCAUUGAUUUUGAGUACGGGUCAUACAACUAUAGAGGCUUCGACAUUGGAAAUCACUUCAAUGAAUAUGCAGGCUUUGAUUGUGACUACAGCUUAUACCCUAAUAAGGAUGAACAAUAUCAUUUCUUCAGGCAUUAUUUACAACCUGAGAAACCGCAUGAGGUAUCCGACAAAGAUCUUGAAACUCUUUACGUCGAGUCAAAUACGUAUAUGUUAGCUUCACACUUAUAUUGGGCAUUGUGGGGACUAAUCCAGGCAAAGAUGUCACCAAUUGAUUUUGAUUAUCUCGGCUAUUUCUUUCUGCGAUAUAAUGAAUACAAAAGGCAGAAGGAAAAGCAUUUCUUGCUAGCACAAUCUUACCUCUCGGGAUUUGGGGCUGGGUAGAUAUUCUUGUUUAUGCUUUGCUCAGGAUAUUUUCUGUAUCUUAUGAAUUUGUUAUACCGACUUUUAGGAAGAGGCCCUUGGUUCCUCUAGUUAGAUAUUGUUGUAAAAUGUUCUUUUAUAGCCAUAAAUUAUGAUAAAGGAAAUUUGAAAACAAAUUUGAGCAAAUAAUUGCUGCCUAGGGCAAUUUGAUAUGUUCUUCUUUUUUUUUUUUUUUGAUAAGUAAUUUGAUAUGUUCUUUUGUAAUUCUGAAACAUGUAUUUGAUAAUUUUUUUCUUUGCAUAA